AUGAGUUCGUACUGUGAGGUGUGCCGCGGACUAUUUGACAUCCCCCACUACCACGGCGACGGGGAUACUCCAGUGAGAGUUCCAGAAGCUCUCUCUCCUUUACGCGCUGCUGCUGCUGCAUCGUCCACUGCUGCGCCGGUGUGUGGUCGCAGUAGCAGCAGCUAUCGCAGUAGCCCGGCGUUUGCCGUAAGGAGUCGGGGCAGCAGUUCGCAGCAACGGCGUCAAGGAUCCUUGAGUCGUCGUCGUCGACCGUCAGCGUCGUCUUCUCAUGUCUCGCCGGCCGCUGGGCGGGAGAGGGGUGGGUCACGGCGGGGAUCGCCGCGAACACCAUCGGCCGUGGGUGUGGAGCGGGAAACCGCUUCCACGCUUCUGCGCAUGAGUUCUCCGGCUCGCGCCAGCGCACUGGUCCGCACCCCGAGUCCUGGCCUUUUUUUACGGAACUGCGGCGGAAAGACAUCAACGAGUCGUCGACACGCGCGAAGCUGGCGGAGUAUUCUCACGCCGCAGUCCAAAGAAAGGGUACGGUCGUUGAGUGCAGGCCACGUGGCCAAAGAACACAUGAAAAGGCGUUUGGACCAUCUGCAUGAAACAUUAGAGCGCAUCCGCGAGGCGGUGCGGAGGGACAACGCGGCCGCUGGCUCACGCGGACCAUCGUCAAUUCUUCAUCCUGCUGCUGCUGUUUUUGCUUCUGGCGGUGUUGGUGGCGACGCUACGGCGAAGUCGUGGCAUUUAGACGACGACGACGACGACAAAAACAACAACAACAGCAGCAGCAGUGGUAUUAGCGGUCGAAGCAAUAGCGACGGAGUCGGUGUGGGUGUUGCAUCGUCACAGCCCGUUUUUUGCGGUUCAGCAGGCGGUACAAAUGACGGGUUGCCGAAUUUAUGCCCCUGCCGUAGUUCCUCGUGUAGUCGCGGGUUGAGCUUUGCCACGUCACGGGGAUCUCCGUCUGAAACCAUUUUACCACGCGAGGUCACGGAGACGCACGCAUACGACGGGGAAGAUGCUGCCGAAUUGCGGCCAUUUUCUUCUUCGUGCGAGAAGAGUUCCUCCUUGCGAGAGGGUCUGACGCCGUUCAUGGCCGCGCCCUCCUCUUUUUCUCCACCCGGCACGACUUCUGCAGCAGCAGCACCUACGACAGGCCCUCAAUGCCACCUGUCGGCGGGUAUGGCGGCCAUUUCAGCAGGGACGCAAACAUCCGAGUUACCGGCAGCGAAAUUGCCGCGGGGAGAGUUUCCCUCUUCCCCUUCAUCCGCAAGCCGCGGGACUGGGGCAAAUAGCAACGCCGCAUUUACUCACCUGGAGGCGCUUCGGGAGGGAUUUGUGGAACUUUGCAGCGCUGUGCGGGAAGAUCUCCAGGCCCUGCACAUUCGAGUGAAUGCAAUACAGAGACCGCAGGCGCAGCAACAGCAAAAAGAGCCGUCCACUUCGGAGAGUGUGCCACCUCAGCAUGUGGAGGGGAGGGCCUAUGAGAAUGCUGCCGCGGGAUUAUUGCAGAAGUCUACAUCGUACGAAAAGUUGUUGGCUGAGCUGCAGCAGUACACCGUUUUGACCGUCCACAAGGUUCUUCAGCAACAGAAGCAGCAGCAACAGAAACAGCAACAGCAACAGCAACAGCAACAGCAAGAACCAAAGGAGCGUUACGGGGGUCAUUACGGCUUUGCUCCGACGCUUUCAGAAGCUAUGCCCUUCACGUCACUCCAUUUACAGCCAAUAAAGCCUUCACUUCCACAGUGGAACUCUUUGGCCACGGAUGACAUGUACGCUUGGUCAUCAGAGACAUUUGAUGCCCACGUGCGUUCCGCCGUCCGGGCCAUUUUACAUGAGGACAGCUUCCGGCACGAUGCGAGGGAACUACUUGCAGAACAACAGGCUCAACGAAGUGAAAUGAAGGCGUUGCGGCACGAGUGGAAACGCCGCUGCAAAGAAUUGGAAGAGCAACUUAACGCGCUUACAGACGCCACGGAGUCCAUGCGACUGGACGUGGAGGAGUUACGACUGCAGGCCGUAGGACCACCAACGCCACCUCCGCCGCCAGCCAAAAUAUCAUCUGUUGCACCCACGUCCACGCUGUUGCCGCAGCAUACUUUGUUGCCACCUUCUAGUGGGGUGGAUCCUCCUCUUCCCGCCCGAGCUGCGACCCUCGCCGACGCGGUGCCAGAGGUAUGGGAAGAUCGGUUGGUGAAACGCGUUCAACAACUUAUUGCAGAAUCCGAGGAGCGUUGGUUGCAACGUGUCCAAGGGGAAAUUGUGCAGCCAGUGCUUGAGCAUGUGCGCCGGUUGAUGUCGGCUCAUCAGUCUAUGAUUGAAACUGUUGUGGAGAGCCGCUGUGCGCAGUUUGAGACCUACGUUGACCGUGGCCGUCACGGGUGGGAGGUACAGGUUGCAGAGCUGCGUUCGCGUGUCAGUUCGCUUCGUGGCGACAUGCAUCGUGCUCUGAAAGAUCUCUGUCAGAACCUCAACAUGGCCUGCCCAGGACUCUGA